GCUAAGAAAUGGUGGGAAACAUCAGGACCGAAGGAUGAUUCCUCUCUUACUUGGGAAGAUUUUAAAGCCAUAUUGUUCGAGAAUUAUUUUCCUACUGCACUGAGAGCAGAAAAGGAGGCUGAGUUUCAUGCAUUCCGUCAGGGUGAUUUAGAUGAGGAUGAAUUUAUUGAACAAUUCUCAGAAUUAUCUAAAUACUCUACUUACCUCCAGAAACAUGAAGACACGGAGUGGAUGGCUGAACGAUUACUAGAGAAGGCGAGGCCUGAUCUAAGGGAACAGUUAGCCCCUUUUGAGAUCAAGACAUUCAGUGAGAUGUGCAAUAAGCUUCGAAUAGUUUCUCGGAGGAAGAGAGAGGCUAGAUUAGAAGCUGAUAGAGAGAGGAGGAAAGAACCUCAUGGGAAGCCCCCUAUCCACACCCGACCCAUUGGUGGAGUAGAGAAGAGGAGCAGUCAAAUCUUUGGAGGUUUUAGAAAUCAGAAGAAGAAGGGCUACUAUCAUAAGGGCCAGAGCUACAGAGGGAAUCAGAGUGGAAGUCAAGGGUCCUAUAGGAGCCCAGCUACCUUUAAUCCUACUCCUAGUGCUGCUAGUAAUCAAGCAUGCAGUAAGUGUGGGAAGUUUCAUUCUGGUGAUUGUUGGGUUUGUUACAUCUGUCAGAAGCCUGGUCAUAUUGCUAGAUUCUGCUAUCAAAACCAAAAUAGGGGUAAUGAUCAGAGACCUACAGUACCAGCACGAGUGUAUGCCCUCUCUGGGCCAGAGGCUGCUAACAACCCUAAUGCUAUCCGAGGAGAAGAGCCACGAGUGACAC